AAAAUGUAUGUAUUUUAAAAUUUAAAAAUGUCGAUAGUUUGCCUUAGGCUAGAGUCCCAGCACGUAUUUUUCGCGUAACGCGUAUCGCAUAACUAAUCACAUCGUUUAUUCUUUUAAAAUGUUCCAACAGAAAUCUCAAUCUUCUAAAUUUAUUAGUUACAUAUUAUUACAGAUACGCGUUAAAUAUCAAUACAUGGGAUUCCUAGGAUUUCUCCUUCAAAAAGUGCCUUGAUUUGCUACAAUUAUAUGAUGGCAGCACGAUACGCUAAAGGGUUAACCUAACCUAACCUAUAAAAAAUUCACGUGUAAUUGAGCUAUUUGUACGUUGGCUUGGCUCGAAUGUCCCACGAUUAUUGAUUUUACGUUUAACGUAAUUGAGAAAACUUUUUUAAAAUUCUUAAAUAUAUAAGCAAUUGUUACAAGUAUAAUUACUGAUAUGCCAUUAAAUUAUUAACAUACGAUGUAUGUUAACUUUACAUACCUAUUGUAGUACCCGCAAGUUCUUUUUUAUAAUUCAUUUAUUGUAUUGCACAUGUGAUAAGUGAAUUAUUUUUAUCUAAAAAGAAGAUGAGCUUAUUUGUUAUUAAUAGAUAUGAAGGUGAAAACAAGAAAGAGGAGGAGAAUGAAACAAAUCAAUUAGCGGACCUGUUGAAGAGGAUAGAAGAGCGUAAAAGACAAAGGGCUGCCACAAGUAAUAAAUCCAUAUUAGAUAAAGAUGUAAAUAAUUUGGAAGAACCUAAGAAAAAGAAAAAGAAAAAACUUAAAACAGAAAGACCUGAUGAUUUACAUAUUGAGGAUCAAAAUGUUAAGAGUGAGAAAAUUGAACAAGUCAUAGAGACAACCAAGUUACCAACAAAGAAGAAGAAAAAGAAGAAGAAAGAUACUGAGAAUGAACAUUGCUCAGUCACAACGGAUAAAAACAUAGAUUUAGAAGAAAAGGAUAAAAAUUUAGUAGAAGAAAAUGAGGAUAAAAAUAUUACAGAGAAAAAAAUAUCUUUACAGAGCAAUUUUAUAAUAUUAGGCGCAAAGUCUCGAAAAAAACAGCGUGAAGUGAAAAGUAUAUUGCCAGAUUGGUUGGCACAUCCCGAGGUUAUAUCUGCCAAUUUAAAUAGUGGGCCUACUUUAGAAGAAUUUGAAUCAGUUUUGGAUUCUAAAUUGAUAGAAAUUUUAAAAGCCAAUGGCAUUGUUAAAUUCUUCCCAGUCCAAUCUAGCAUAAUAAAAUGGUUACACAAGUGUAAGAUGGAUAGAAAAUCAGGAUGGUGGCCUAGAGACACCUGUGUAUCUGCUCCUACAGGCAGUGGCAAAACUCUAGCUUACGUCUUACCAAUUAUACAGGAAUUACAAACACGAUUGGUACCAAAAAUUCGCUGCUUGAUCGUCUUGCCAGUGCAAGAACUGGCUGCACAAGUUUAUAAAGUAAUGAUUACUUAUUCAUCUCAUACAAAUCUGAAGGUAGGCUUACUCUCUGGUGCAUUUCCGUUCGAGCAAGAGCAAAAAAGUAUAAUUGAGAAAACUGAAAGAGGAAAGUAUUUAUCUACUGUGGACAUCGUCAUCGCGACACCCGGUCGCUUAUUGGAUCACAUACUAAAAACGCCUGGAUUUUCCUUGGAUUCCUUAAGAUUUCUUGUCAUCGAUGAAGCCGACCGCGCAACCGAAUGGUUACAGUAUUUACCCGAACCACAUUCUCGGGCUCCUAUUUUGACGCUUGGAAACAUGCAUUCAAGCAAAAUUGUACCAGCUCAAAAACUAUUAUUUAGUGCAACCUUGUCACAAGAUCCUGAAAAAUUGAGCCGACUGGGUCUUUUCCAACCAAGAUUGUUCACGACUGUAAUGUUCGAUAAAGACAUUGAUAUAAAUUUAGAUAAAAUCACAGGUGACUUUGUCGGACGUUAUACGAGUCCAGGAGAAUUGACGGAACUCGCGGUGGAAUGUCCUCCCAACUACAAACCAAUUGCCCUUUAUGAAUUGUUGACGAGGCACGAUAUCAUUCCUAAAACUCUUGUUUUUACGAAUUCCGGACAAACCACGCACAGACUGGCACUAUUGAUGCAGUUACUAUUAUCAGAACAGAAUGUCGCAGUGGGAGAAUUAUCCGCCCAGCUCACAUCAAAGCAACGUGAAAGUGUCUUGAGAAAAUUUGCAAACGCGGAGAUACGUGUAUUAAUAAGUUCAGACGCGCUGGCUAGAGGCUUAGACAUACUGGAUGUGCAGUUAGUCGUGUCUUAUGAUUUCUCAAAGCACAUCAAGGGCUAUAUACAUAGAGCUGGUAGGACUGGGCGGGCAGGAAAACCUGGCACUGCUGUGUCUAUACUUACGGCAAAUCAGGUCGGGUUAUUCAAGCAAAUGUUAAGCGGCGCGCAUAAAAUCGUGCCCAACAUUGAACAAAUGGAGCUACAUGCCAUUGCGAAGGCGGUCAACUAUCAGAGUCGCCUUGAAAAUUUGAUGAAAAUUCUCGAGAAGGAAAAGAAUGAAAGUCUAGAACGAACGAAGGCCACAAAGCGUAGACGCGCGACAAAUGUGAUCAAGCAGAAUGAAAAUGUAAAAUAAUAUUUUAUGAAGAGGAAUAAAAGGACAUGUACAUAAGCUUA